UACUCAUGGCGUCGAGCACUAGAAAUCUGAUCUCUACAGUUCAUUUCUGCCUUUUUGCAUUGAGAAUAACCUCUAGGAACCCAUCUCAAUUGGUAAAAAGUUUUUAAGAAAUAUUUAAUGAAUUCUUUGAUAGGGAAAAAUGGGCGAGAGAGAGAGAGAGAGAGAGAGAGAGAGAGGAGAGAGAGGUCAUGUCAACCGUAGCAGGCCCCAAUGGUGUACUGCUGUGCUGCUGCUCCACCCAUGGCCCAACUACUACUCACUCAUAGAUGAAACGAGACUUCUGUGAUGUCGCUGCAAAAGGACUGGGUGCCACGCCUGUUUCUGGCUUCCGGUCUCCUUCAACACAUCCCCACCCAUCUCUUCUCCUUCUCGUGUUUGCCUCUUACAAAGCUUGCUGUUUGCUUUUGUGCCCAACUUUUUUUUUUUUUAUAUGUUCGAUAGAAGCAUCAAGGAAGGGACCAGGAUUUCUUUCUAGGUAUCCUUCACUCGUCCACCCAGCUCAAGCUGCUGUCAUUUUGUGAAUCAUGUAAAUAUCUCUCUUGUAUGCUUUGGAUUUGAGGGGGGGGAGGGGGGGACUAGUGAUUCUCAAAGGGAAAUCAACUCUUCCUCACAGGUGUGGGCUUGUUAGAUGAGAGAUGGGUCUCCACCAGCCCUCUAAAUGUAUGUCUUGAAGCAGAAAGUGGAAAGAGAUUGUUUCUCUGAAGAAAAGAAGAUAUAGAACAUCAUCUAUAUACCAAAAAGAAGAGGAAGAGGAAAGAGGGUACUGGCUCUGCCAAUGGCUUCUUUUGGCUGCUGCUGUUUUGCUCUUCUGAUGGUUAGUCUUCUACUUGGAAGCCAGCCAGCCACUGCCCAGCUUCAGGAUCAGCCCACUAUGGUGGCUCUCCAGAGAGAGCUCAUGGUGGCGGACUGGGAGCUCAACAGCACAAGCUACUGCUUCUGGCGCGGCGUCACCUGCGGCGGCCCGAACCAAGCGGUGGAGGCGCUCGACCUCCCUCGCCGCAACCUCCGAGGUAACAUCUCGCUCAUCUCCGAGCUCAUGUCAUUAAAGCGGCUGGAUCUUUCCGGCAAUUCCUUUCAUGGAUCAAUUCCUUCUUCUCUUGGAAAUUUAGCCAUGCUCAAGUUCCUCGACUUGUCGAUGAACAAGUUUGAGAACAGGAUUCCAUCAUCUUUAGGCAAAAUCAGAGACCUCAUAUCAUUAAAUCUUUCGAACAACUUCCUCUCGGGGGAAAUACCCGAUGAGUUGAAGAAUUUAGAGAGGCUUCAGGAGCUUCAGAUUUCUGGGAACAAUCUUACUGGCUCCAUUCCUGAUUGGGUUGGCAACCUCACUGAUCUGAGAGUCGUUUCGGCAUAUGAGAAUAGUUUGGUUGGUGUGAUUCCCAGAAAUCUGGGCUCGGUUUCUCAGCUUGAGGUGGUGAACCUCCACUCCAACCUGCUCGAAGGGGCGAUACCAGAGAGCAUUUUCAAGUCGGGGAAGCUGCAAGUUCUGGUGCUGACUGUAAACAGAUUGAAUGGCAGCCUUCCCAAGUCGUUGGGGAACUGCAAAGGCCUCUCGAGUCUUCGAAUUGGAAACAAUCAGCUCGCUGGGAGCAUUCCUGCGUCCAUUGGCAACGUUAGCAGCCUAACAUACUUUGAGGCAGACAACAACAACCUCUCUGGAGAGAUUGUUCCAGAGUUUGCACAGUGCUUGAACCUCACGCUAUUGAACUUGGCCUCUAAUGGCUUCACAGGGACCAUACCUGAGAGGCUCGGGGAGCUGAAGAACCUCCAAGAGUUCAUUGUCUCAGAUAACAGUCUCACAGGCGAUUUCCCAAAGUCUAUCCUCAGGUGCAGGAACCUUAGCAAACUUGACCUGAGCGACAAUCGAUUCAAUGGAAGCCUACCUGAAGACCUCUGCAGCAUGUCGAGACUGCAAUUCCUACUUCUGGAUCACAACUCCAUCAGUGGAGAGAUUCCUGGGGGAAUUGGGAACUGCGGAAGGCUGCUCGAGCUGCAGAUGGGCAGCAACUACCUGACUGGUAACAUCCCACCUGAGAUCGGCAAGAUCAAGAAUUUGCAGAUAGCUCUAAAUCUUAGCUUCAAUCACCUCAGAGGACGAUUGCCUCAGGAACUGGGAAGGCUCGACAAGCUGGUCUCCUUGGAUGUCUCCAACAACCAGCUUUCUGGAGGCAUUCCAUCGGAACUCAAAGGCAUGCUGAGCUUGAUAGAAGUGAAUUUCUCAAACAAUCAGCUCGCCGGCCCGAUACCAAUCUUUGGUCCAUUUCAGAAGAGCCCUCGUUCAAGUUUUUCAGGAAAUAAAGACCUAUGCGGUGAUCCGUUGGAAUCUAACUGUGGGGAUUAUUUUGGAUCGGCCGAUGGUUCGGACCGACACAGGGUGUCCUACAAGAUUGUAUUAGCUGUUGUUGGAUCUGGUUUGGCUGUUUUCGUGGCGGUAUCGGUUAUUGUUGGCCUGUUUAUGCUGAGAGAGAGACAAGAAAUGGAUGCCAAGGCUGUCGUGGUUGCAGGGGAAGUGGUUGUGACUCCUCCACAAAUAGCUGCUGGGAAUGUCUUUAUUGAGAGCUUGAUGCAAGCCAUCGACUUUGACAGUGCUGUCAAAGCAACCUUGAAGGAUUCAAAUAAAUUGAGCAGCGGGACAUUUAGCACCGUCUAUAAGGCAGUGAUGCCAUCAGGACUUGUUCUUUCAGUCAAGAAGCUGAAAUCCGUGGAUAGAUCGGUUGUUCACCACCAGAAUAAAAUGAUAAGGGAGCUUGAAAGGCUUGGAAAUCUUUGCCAUGCCAAUCUGAUGAGGCCUAUCGGUUACGUAAUCUAUGAGGAUGUCGCCCUCUUGCUGCACCAUCACAUGCCUAAUGGAACACUAGCGCAGCUCCUCCACGACACCACGGGCACUGGGUUCGAUUCCAAUUGGCCAAGAAGGCUGUCCAUUGCUGUUGGAGUUGCUGAAGGAUUAGCCUUCCUUCACCACAUUGCCAUUAUCCAUUUGGAUAUAUCAUCUGGCAACAUUUUUCUUGAUGCUGAUUUCAAUGCUCUGAUUGGGGAGAUAGAGAUAUCCAAGCUCUUGGAUCCAUCAAAAGGAACUGCAAGUAUCAGUGCAGUGGCUGGCUCCUUUGGUUAUAUUCCUCCAGAAUAUGCAUACACAAUGCAAGUUACAGUGCCAGGGAAUGUUUAUAGCUUUGGAGUGGUGUUACUUGAGAUCCUAACAUCUCGAUUGCCGGUCGAUGAGAUCUUCGGGGAAGGGAUAGACCUGGUGAAAUGGGUCCAUAGCGCAUCAGGAAGGGGCGAGACUCCAGAACAGAUAAUGGAUGCGAGGUUAAGUACUGUCUCAUUUGCUUGGAGAAAGCAAAUGCUGGCAGUUCUGAAGGUUGCGAUGCUCUGCACCGACAGCACACCAGCAAAGCGGCCUAAGAUGAAGAAAGUAUUGGAGAUGCUUCUUGAAGUGAAGGAAAAUUAGAUGUAAGAUUUUUUAGAAACUUCUCCAACCCUUCAUUUGAGGUUUAUGUGAUGAUAGGUACAAGGUUCAGAACACUUAGUUGAUUGGAGCUUCUGCUAUGCUUCCACUACUUGCAGGUUAGGCUUGAAAGUAGAACUUAAAUUCUUGGGGGGAGAAGGGUGGGGAAAAAAAAUGCUAGAACUUGUACCGUGUUUCAGCGAAAGCCGAAUCAAGAUUUCUGUAAUUACGGUUUAUAUUGAAUUUGAUGGUGAAUUUGUUGUGAGAAGAACAUCUUGUGAUGCAA